AUGACAACCGUUUGUACGACCACCCCGAAUUCCCCUCCUGACCUCUCCGGGUCCAAGUCCUCCAAGUCUUCCUCCUUUCGUUCCUCCUCGCAACACUCCGGCCCCGAAGCCAUCUUCACUGAUAUCUCCAAUUUCGAAGAAGUGGACCUCCAGGAUGAUGUGCAUGUCUCCUACACCAAGGGUGCAACCCCGUACGUCCAAAAUGCUGGAAUCUCACGAGCUUCAGCGGCCAUCAUGCAGAAAUCGGCGGUUGCGACAACACGCGAUCUGACCGCCACGAAAACAAAGACACCCUACCCUACCGCAAAGCAGGUCAAUGGCACCUUGGCUCAGCCGGGCCGUGGUCCUAAGCACCGCCCCGGCAAUCAGCGGGAUCCAGCCUCCACCAAGCAAUCCGCCCUCCAAGUCACGAAGCCUCAUCGUUCGCGUUCCUCCUCCCCACUGCGAUCGACAUCGAGCUUGAGCUCGUCGCCGUCUACACACAGCCUGUCCCUGACCCCCGUCAAUACCCACACCCUCAACCGGAAACCCUCGUGGCAGCGACCGCGCAAAACCGUGCAGGAUUUGGAGGAUGAAUACCAUGACUCUGAUGAAGAAUUACCCGAGGAUGCGAGUCUGUGGAAUGUUCCCAUCUCCCCGCGGCCGGUGCAGGAUCGAGCGCCGUCCCGGGCCUCCAGCCCCAACGGUCGCAGUCCAGGUCCUCGACCCCUACCGCUGUCGCAUUCGGUUUCUGAUGUCACUGUGCCCCGGUCGCCUUCCGGUUCGCGAUCUCCCACGACCCGCAACAAUCGUUCCAGCUCUGCAGGGCCUGAGCGCGGCCAGAUCUCGCCCCGCAACCCGCGAGCAUACUCGUACAACAACAUGAUGUCGGAUUUGUCGGAAGAAGCCAAGAUCAUUACGGAAGCUUUGGAGUUCCACGCCGAUGAGCGCCAGCGCCAGCGGGGAGAGCGCCUGCAAAGCGGGCUGUCCUCUCUCCGCUCGAGCGAGGAGUCCAAGCGUGGGUCCAAGAGCACCAUUGAGCUGCCCCCGUUGCAGAAAUCCAACAUCAUGAUUGAUCCGUUACCUCCCAGCAAGGAGAAGGAGAAGGUUCUGACGCGGACGCGGCCCAGCUGGCUGCCUCCGAAGGACCAGAAGGAGGAGAAGCGGCAUUUGAAGGAAUACAAGCGGAUGAUGGCGCAGGCCAAGGAAGCAGAUAAACGCCGUGCAGCGAAGGCUGCUUCCGCGAAAUGCGAAAAAGACAACACUCGCGAGACUCUGCAGCAGAUCUGGGACGAGUACGUCGACCCGAAUUGGGAUAAUGUCAUUAAUGAAACCCGCACGCGGGAGUUAUGGUGGCGCGGAGUGCCGCCUCGGAUCCGGGGCUCGACCUGGCAGCGUGCCAUCGGCAAUGAGCUGGCUCUCUCCGAGGAAACAUACAAAAAGGCCUUGCAGCGCGCCAAGGACGUGCGGGCGCGGCCCGAGGGCGAUUCUGGGGAGACCAACAAGCGCAUGAGGGAUUGGUUCGAGGCGAUUGACGCUGAUGCGUCCAAGGCGUUCCCUGAUCUGAACUUGUUUCAAGUCGGCGGUCCGCUGCGCGAGACGUUGAUCGAUGUGUUGCAGGCGUACUCUAUGUAUCGCAGCGACGUGGGCUAUGUCAGUGGCUUGCAUACCAUCGCUGCCCUCCUUGUCCUGCAAUUCCCAUCGCCAUCUUCGGCGUUCCUGGCCAUGGCCAACGCGCUCAACCGGCCGCUCCCUGUUGCUUUUCUUACAUUGGACCGCGGGGCGAUCGGUCGUACAUAUUCACUGGCGUCUGCGACGCUGAAAUACAAAUUCCCGCGUUUGAUGACGCAUCUGCACGAGACGCUCCGACUCAGCGACGAAGAGAUCUGGGAGCCGAUGUUCCGGUCGCUGCUGACGAACGGGCUGGACUUGGAGCGUCUCAGCCGGGUCUGGGACUGCUGGGUGUUUGAAGGAGACCGGAUCAUGAUCCGGGCGGCCGUUGCGAUCCUCGGAUGCUUGCAGCCCCAGCUGUUUGGGUACACCAAGCCGGACGACCAGAGUCGCAAGGCGGUGCAGGACAUACUCAGCUGGGGACCGCGACAGGGGGGGACUCGGACGCAGGAGCGACACAGUGCCCCGGCCGCGACAGGGUUCGGAGGGGGGCAGCUGGCGUCUGGCAUGGGCGACUACUGGAUGUUGGGCUCGGCGGGUGACGAGGACGGAUUUAUGCAUGAAGUGCGCGAGGCAGGCAAGAUAAUUAUCUUCUUUUUCUUCGAUGAACAUAUUACUAUGGCAGGUUCUGGUUCAAUUCAAUUUCGUCCCGCGGUUCAACCAGCCCCAUAUUUGGUCUGGAUUGUCAUGCGCGGGGUAAAUGGGAUUGGCGAUGGAAAUCCCUCAUCUACAUCGGUUGGGACUGGCGGUGACGUAGUAGUUGUAGUAGUCUGGCAGUCUACUAAGAAAGAUACAACUGUAGUUUACAGCCAUGAAUUAAGGGUUGUCUGUCAGGAGUUUACCCUACUCUAUACUAAGCAGGGAGAGAAAAUGCCAUCAACAAUAGCAAUCGCCAGAAACUACCUGUGUUUCAAACUCCCUUUCUCGGAGUACUCGUUCUCGUUUCCUUCGGUUCCUUUUUCAUGGCAUGCACAGACACAUACACAUACACAUACCACUGCUAUUCUCUCAGAAGCAGACACAGAUUCAACCACCAUAUCAGAAGAGAGCCCUCUCCUCCCUCACCAUCAUCACCACCAACAACAAAAUACACCUCAAUCCCUCAAAGAAAAAUACGGCACCUGCACCACCAUCCUCCACUACGGCACAUCCAGCUCCGUUCGUCUUUACACCAACACCAACACCACCACCAACAAGAAAAAGACAUCCAAAAAACUGCACGUCCUCAAAACCCUCCGCCCAACCCCCUCUGCCACAAAACAAACCCUAAAAUCCACCCUCGAGUCCCUCCUCUCGUCCACCCUCUACCAUCCACAUCUCCUGCACACAAUUGAUAUCAUCCCCAACUCUCGUGGAGAAACGUGUCUGAUAAUGAGCGCAGUGGGGUUCUUGCAUGAGAUGGGGGUCGUGCAUGGGUGUGUUUGCGUGGAGAAUGUUUUUCUCUCCCACUCUUACUAUUCUGAUGGGGUAUGUGUCAAGUUGGGGGAUUUGGGGGAUGCGAGGGUGUUGGAUUCUCAACUCUCUCAUGACCAUGUUGGGGUGAAAGAUGGUGAUGGUGGUGAUGGGUACUACGCUGCAUGGAAAGAGGAUGUAUAUCCCCUUGUUAGGGGAUUAUCGAUGGGGAUAGGGAAGUUUGAGAAGUUGGAGGGAAGAUGUGAUAGGAGGAAGAGGGUUAAUCCUUAUGCUGCGCCGGAGGUACUUCAUCCUUCUUCUUCUCACUCUUCGGCUUACUCUUCGGCUUACUCUUCGGCUUACUCUUCGGCCUAUCGUCGACGUGGGUAUGAAACUUCCAGUGGGAUAGUAGGGGAUGCCCGGGCUGUGGAUAUCUGGGCAGUCGGGAUCAUAUACCUUGUCCUGAGACUGGGGAGGGUUCUCUGGCGGAGUGCGAGUGAGGAGGAGGAUGGACGGCACAAUGCAGAAACGUGGUAUACGCGAUGCUAA